GUUUAGAAAUGAAAGUAAGCUUGGAUUCUCACUGAUCUGCGUCUGUGGCACCGUUUAUAUUUACAGGUUUAUUACAUUUGAUUGCUGUGAUUUACUGUAACGGAGGAGUCUUUGUCUCCGGCAUGCUGUCGAUUAUUGUCGUGGUGAAUCUCCUCAUAGAGACUUCAGUGUCGUUCACUGUAGUGGUUCCUGGUGAUCCUAUAGCGGCUCAUGUGGGAUCCACAGUGAUUGUUCCCUGCUGGAUCUCUCCUCCUGAGAACGCUGAAGCUCUGGAGAUCCGCUGGUACCGUCACGAUGAGUUCAGCAGCCCUGUUCUGCUCUAUAAUCAUGGGAAGCUCCAGGACGUCCAGGAGGAACCGUACAGGAACCGAAGCUCUUUGGCUCUGCGGUCAGAUCAGUCUGGUGGACUGAAGGAUGGAGACGUCUCUCUACGGCUGGAGAAACUCAGAGUGCAAGAUGAAGGUUCAUUUCACUGCUAUGUGUCUGGAGAAAGUUCAUAUGGGAGUGAAGAGGUGGUUCUCAAAAUCACUGCUUUAGGAUCCGCUCCUGUCCUGUUUCCAAAGCCUCUAGAUGAUGGGCGUGUGAACAUCAGCUGCAGGUCCAGCGGCUGGUAUCCAGAACCCAGCGUCUCGUGGACGUCAGAUGAUGGAAGGGCUCUCCGUCCUGGAGGAUCGUCUCACAGUCGUGGAGCAGAUGAGCUGUUCUCUGUCCACAGCUGGACGGCCGUCUCUCUCUCAGACGCUCAACUGGUCUCAUGUUCAGUCUCUCUCAGAACUGGAGAAGUAAAAGAAGGAAGACUGAACAUACAGGGCAUCGUGUCUUCAGAUUCGUCUGGUUUCUGUUUCUCAGGUCCAUGGAAGGCUCUUUUCCUCACUUUUCUCAUCUGUGCUCUUCUGGGUUCGGUUGUGUUCAUCCUCUACAAAUACAGAGAGAAACUAACAGGGAAGAAACCAGCUAAAGAAAUUUGUGAGGAGGAAACUAUGGAGAGACUGACAAAAGAAGGAACAAAUGCAGAAGAACCGAAGAAAGUACCAGAUUGUGAGGAGGGAACUCUGGAGAAACUGAGGAAAAAAGUUGUGGAAGACAUCAAUAUAGAUGAACUGAGGAAACAUGCAGUUGAGAUCACUAUUGACCGUGAGCAUUUACAUCCAGGUCUGAUUGUUUCUAAAGACUGUAAAAUGGUGAGGGAUCGUCCAGAACAUAAACACACUGGAGAGGGAUUUCCAUUUCAAUUAUGUGCAUCUGGAGCCCAAAGAUUCACCUCUGGUCGUCACUAUUGGGAGGUAGAGCUGGCACAUCCAUCUAAUCCUCCCAAAAACUACUGGUUAAUUGGUGUGGUGAAACAUGGACAUUUUACUACAAGAGACAGAUCUGCUUUAACUCCAUCAGCUGGUUUCUGGUUCUUGUGUUCAGACGGUCCUCAUGGCUUUUACACCAACACUGAACCACCAGUUAAACUCUCACUGACACCGAGACCUGAACGACUGGGAGUUCUGUUAGAUUAUGAUGAGGGUCUGCUGUCAUUUUACAACGUCAAAGAGAGUAAACAUCUCCUGACCAUCAGCAGCAGAUUCUCUGGAUCAGUCGGUCCUCUCUUCAAUCCUGGUGCAGGUGAUCAGAGUCCACUUACAAUUCUGGAUUAUCCAAAACCUGUAGAAGCACCUGUAGAAUUAGCUGCAGAGUCCAGACAGCCUUUAAUAACAGCUCAGAAAGCCUGACUGACUAAUGCAGUUUAAACAGAAGGAUGUAUAUACAAUAAAAUAACAUCUUACACCUACAAACUACAGAAAUCUAUUAAGAUGUAGUAUGGUGCUGGGAACAUCAGGCUCAUGGGUUUGUUUCCUAGUAAUCAUGUGUACUUCUAAAACAUACAACUUGAACACAGCAUCAUCAAUUCAACCAAAAGUCAAUUUAUGACAACUUCAUCCAAUCUUACAAUGUCACAAGCGCUGCACAUCUGAAUCCUCCUGGACUACAUCAACGUACACACUAUAAUAAAUAAAGGUUGACUUAAAAUAAAUCUGUUUUAAGAUAAACAUUUGUUUAAGAAGAGCAGCUUGAUUAGACAAAUACAGUCUCACAGCAACACAAGACGCCAAGACAAAACUGCAGCAAAAAGCAUGAACCAACACCAUCAGCCAUAAAACAAUGAAUAAUGGACACAAACAAAUAAAAAUCAUAUAGUUUCGCUCAUAACACUGCAGAUUAUAGGCAGACAUUAAAUUAAUAAAAUUAUAAUGGCAAUACUUUUACAAUAAGGUUUGA